UUUAAUUGUGUCAUACAAAUCUAUAGAUUAAAAUAAUAUCCAUUCAUCUUAAAUUUGAUUACGAGCAUUUGUUGGACAUCGAGGAAUUAUCCAUUUUUCAAAAAUAUACAAAAGAAUGCAAAUUAUAUACUAUUAUUAUGAUCGCAUGAAAAUACGAAUACCAUUUGAAAGGAAUCAAAAUUAUAUACCAAGGAUUUCAUACAGUGGAACAUCUCAGAAGGAAUUAGAUUGGAUAGUUGACAUAAUAAAGCGUUAUAUAAGAGUCACGGAGCAUGUUCAUUUGAUAAAGAAACUUUUCAAGAUUACUUACUUACUUGCAAUUUUAUUUGUGAUGGUGUUCAUUAUUUUUGAUUUUCUUUAUAUGUUUCAAUUAUCUGAGAUAUUGCUAAAUAUAAGCAAAACAAUUGAAUGUGGUAUCUGUAUUGCUGGAUCUUUACUUGUUACAUAUCUUAUCUGUUAUGUUGGACAAAUGCUUAUAAAUCAUAACAGUACAGUUCUAGAAGAAUUAUGUCAAAUACCGUUCUACGUGCUUUCCGAAAAAACUCAAAAAUUAUUAUUAUUCGUGAUUGCAAGAAGCAUGAGACCAUGUCAGAUUUCAACCAACGGUAUUUUCGUAGUCUCGCAUGAACUUUUUGCUAAUAUGAAGUCGAUUUAUGCUCAUUUUAAAUUUGAUUACAUGCAGCUGUCCGACGAGAAUGAAUUGAACAUUUUCGAAAAGUAUACGAAACAAAGCAAAAUCUAUACUUAUUGUUUCAUAGCUAUCUUCAAUCUAUAUUUUAUUGUAUUUAUAUUUCCAUGUCUUUUCAAUGUUUUUUUAUAUUUUUUUGGAAUAUUAGACAAGAGUCAUCUAAAGUUACCAUUUUCUAUUAAUGGUGUUACAACCCCUGGGGUUCUAUACUACAGUUUGCUUAUUUAUCAAACUAUAGCAAUCUAUAUUUUAAUAACUAUAGCCAAUGUGUGUUACACAUCGUAUUUGACAUUCGUACAACACGCGUGUUGUCAAUUAAGCAUUUUAAAACUAAAAAUACGUCAACCGUUUCUAAAUAAGAAGACAUAUAGUCAAAAGACUUGGUUAAAUAAAAAAAACGAAGAAUUUAAUUGGAUAGUGGAUAUAAUAAUGCGUCAUAGAAGAGUAACGAAGUUUGUUUAUCUCCUAAAUUAUUUGUCGAAGAUAACUUACAUAAUUGUAAUAUCUUUUGCAAUGUUUCUUAUUGUAUUGGAUCUUUUGAACAUAUUUCAACUGACUGCUAUAUUGCGAAAUAUAGGGGAACUAAUGGAAUGUAGCUUCUACAUUGUUGGCUCUCUAUUUAAUAUAUAUAUUAAUUUUUACAUUGGACAAACACUUAUAAAUCAUAGCAAUGCUGCUUUCGAAGAGUUACGUCAAGUACCAUUCUACAUUCUAUCUACGAAAACUCAAAAGUUGUUGUUAACCAUAACAUUAAGAAGUAUGAAACCCUGUGUGCUUUCAAUCGGUGGAAUCUUUAUAUCGUCGUACGAAGUGUUUUCCGCAAUACUUGAAAAAGCAUUUUCUUUCGCGAUGGUUUUUUAUAAUGUUCACUAAAUCCCAGUUGUAUAGAAGUAAUGAAUAUAUUAGAUAAAAUAGUACAUGUUGAUUAUUUAAUUUCUUCAAUAAAGAUCAAAACAUACUCACUUCUGUUUAAUGUCAAGAUCACCAUGAGUAUUGGAUAUAAUAUUUUAUUACGUUCAUUUUCUUGUCAGAUUAUUUUACUGUUCCACUUUGAAAUCGUCGUAAAUAAAUAAAUUUUAAGCACUGCCUAUACUUUUCUCAAUAUAAUGGAUUUACUUUGUAUAUACAUACGAUGUCAUUCGCAAGUAUGAAAUAUAUGCUGAGAUCUGUUAGCAAAAAGAUCGAAUUAACACUCUGCUUGUUUCGACACGUACUGCUCCUUCUUAA